ACUUGUAGCGUGCGCAUUCUGUCUAAAUCGUGCAAUGUGGGAAUCUCGCAAUAGAAGAAAUAGAUCACAUCCUUGAGUUUCUUCAAUCGGUGGAAUAGUCGGGACCUGGCUCAUACGUACUGUGAGGGCCACCGACGAGGCCGGUGGGGGGCAGCAUGGCCGCGGGGGAGGAACGUCGAGCACGGCUACGCCGGUGGCUCAACCAAAGCCUGCGGGUAGAGAUGAGUGAUGGGCGCACCCUGGUGGGCAGCUUCCUCUGCACUGACCGUGACCAGAACAUCAUCCUUGGAUCCUGCUCGGAGUACUUGCAGCCAGACAGCAGCAGCAGCACUGUGGAACCACGCAUCCUUGGUCUGGCAAUGGUCCCCGGCCAGCACAUCAUCUCGGUGCAUGUGGAUGAACAGUGCAGUGGCUAGAUAGGACUUCACACCGUGGGACAUGUCGUAUGCUGUACAUACCUCGGCACCUGUUUUGUUGUUUGAGUGCUUGGAAUGGACAUAUAUAAAGUUGCCUCAGUUGUUUAUAUGCCUGA